AUGGCUGAAGAACACGUUGAAGACAAUCCCGGAGAGGAAGGGCCUGUCCCGGUUCUCCGGUGGGAUUUAUGUUUAUUCGAGCAAAUCGUACGGAGCUUCCGGUUUCCACCGGAAUGGGAGCAAAUUGCGCACUUGUAUCAAGCCGCUUUCUCUACCUUUGGUGGGUCUAUGGGCGUGCGCCCACUCCAAGAUGGGGAGGAGUACUGGCAUGAGCAAAUAAGGGGUAAUUUCAUGUACCCAGCUGUUGAUGCCUUUGCCGAGCUGCCUACUGCAACUGAAGGUGUGUUGCGCAAUUUGGGGAUAGACCCUGAAGACAAGAAGAAGAAGCCUGUGAAGAAGAAGAAGGUUAUCACCUUGGAUCCUGAGGUGACCAGCAAGGGAGCUGGUGGUAGUCGCGCAACCUCUACUGCUGCCGACAAAGAUACUCUCCGCCGUCGUCAAAGUAACCUGGAAGAUUACGUUAUUAUCAGUGAUUCAUUUGAAGGUUUGUCGCGUAUAAGCGAGAAGAAAACUGGAGCGGGAGGCUCCAAGAGCUCAGGGAGCGCGGGUUCUCGUAACCCGGAUGCUGGGACCACCCCGCCCUCUGUUGCGCAAGAGGAGGAUGAUGAAGAGGAAGCGCAGGAAGAACCUGCAGUGAAGCUGAUAAGAAAAAGGAGCCGAGAGGCUGCGCUCGGGGCCGCUGUGUUGCCGAAACCCGGCGAUGCCCCUUUGAUUGGGAAGAAGAAGGCUGAAAAGAAGAAACCCGAGAAGGGCAUCACGAUCACAGAGCCCUUGGAGCCGGCGCAGAAAAGGCCCAGGGCUACUAAGGUCACUAUCAAACCGUUCCCUGCUUCAAAAUCUGCUGAUAAGGAGAAACAAAAAGGUCCUGAGAAACCUGUUCGGGAAAAAGAGGUUGAGCAAAAGAAAACCUCUGAUAAGCCUCUUACUGGACCGAAGGAGCCUAAGAUUACCGCCCCCGUUACUACUGAUACGGCGCAGGGUUCGGGGCCAAUUCCUGUCACUGGGCCUGAGCAGCCCAUUGCGGAGAAGGGGAAAAACUUGGGGGUGGAGAACCUUAUUGAGCCUUCGCCGACUACCGCUCCUGUUCAAACCGGUCCGGUGACUACGGAACAAGCUACUGCUGCUGCUGGUGGUAGCGCUGGCUUUGCUGCUGGCCAAGCUGGCGCUGGAAGCUGGGGUGGGGCGCGUCACUCUCCUAUAGGUCCAAUGGACACUUUGGGAGAUGUUUACUAUAAGUCUUAUACUGAAGAAAGCCGAGGUGAAGUGCUUCAUCAACCUCCAUGGAGCCUAAAACAGAAGGACACUUUCCUGGAAUUCGCUCCUUGCCGCGAUUGGCUUCUUAACUCCAUCCCUCCUGGUGAGGUGAAUCGUCAAAGGGAGCGAACCCACAGCGCGCUUUAUCAUGCGUAUGUUGUUGGUGAAGCCAACACUCGCGCUGCUAAUCAUCAGAUUGUUCGCGAAUGGCGAACUAUGGUUAGGGAGAGGGAAGAGUGGGAGAAGUAUCGUGAGCGGUUGCUGAAACAGGUGAAAGCUUUUGAGAGAUCGAAGGCUGCCUUUGAUGAGGAGAGGGCGAAGCUUGAAACAGAUAAAAAGGCUGAGGAGUGGGGCCGUGAAGGCCUUAAAAACAAACUCCGUGCCGCUGAGGAACUCCUCUCCAAGGAACGUGCUGAAUGGAAGGCUAUCUGUGUCAAGGACAAUGAGCGUAUGUAUGCGGCUCGCUCUAAGAUCACCGAACUUGAAGGUCAAGUUGCGGAUUUGAAGAAGAAGGCAGAGGAUGCGCAAGCUGAGUUUAAGGCGCAAAUUUCAAGCAAGGAUAGAGACUUAUCUGCUAAGGACGUUGAAAUCACUGAGUUGAAGCGUCGCCUGCGCGAGCACAUUGAAAGGAGCGAGUCCUUAGAGAUUGAUCUCGAAGCUGAAAAGUCAAAAGCUGCCACUGCUGAGGAAGCGAAGCAGAAAGCUGAGGAGGCGCGAGCCAUUAGUACCACUGCUCUCAAUGUGGUACAGAAUAAUUAUUCUGAGGCCCAAAGUAUCGUGGACACUUUGGUUGCUGAAGCUGAGUGGCUGCGCAGCCGAGGGAUCGCUCUGAUGGCCAACUCUGUCUUGAAUGCUGGGGAGCUGGAUACAGCCGUUGCUGCUUUAAUAGAUGCUUCGCGUGCUGUUGGACACCGAGGUGGUUACUUGGAAUGUGCACAACAUGUCUCAGAGAUGUUUGGCCAGGAAUUUGACACUAGUCACUGCUCGGUGACUGAUCAAGCUGAGGCCAAGCUGGCUCGCGCUGAAAAUGGUUACGAUAACUUGUCUCUGCCAGUGAUGGACUUGGUUACUGAAGCACUGAAGCAUGAUGACUGGUGCCAUCGAUUGAAGACCAUCCUUGAUCCACCACAAAUGGUUGAAUUAUCUGAUGAGGAGGGGUUGGCAGUCAACGAUGAAGGCGAUGAUGAUGGCGGAGAUGGUGAUCAACCUGAAUAG